CACAGCCAGAGGAGCGCGCGAGGUCUGCAGCAUGAGGUGCUCUGACAGGAGACACACACAGCUCCCUUCUCCUCUCCUCUGCCUGCGUCGCUAGUGCAGAUGAUGCCUGGGUGCUAGCUGGCCCACAUGACUGAUAUGAGCGACACGCUGGCUGGACUGCACUGCACUUCCAGAGGCCUGAAAGUGGAGAGCGAGGAGAGCUUUGGGAGAGGUAAUCUGAGCAGCCCGGCCAUCAUCCCCCUGCUAGCGACCAGGAACAGGACCGCGGGGAAGAGAACCAAUGAAGAGGAAGAGGACUCCUUCUCUGCCGUCCCUAACCCUUUUACGGAGAUCCUCCACUCCGCCCUCUCCUCCAAUCGAGUGGAGGAAUGUCUUUUACCCUGGACCAAAAACAGUUCAACUCAGGUAAUCAAAGUGUACAAUGAAGACCAGAGCAGCCGUGCCGUGGAGGUGCCCAGUGACAUCACAGCACGGGACGUGUGCCAGCUCUUUGUCCUGAAGAACCACUGCAUUGAUGACCACAGUUGGACCCUGUUUGAACACCUGUCCCAUCUGGGGAUAGAGCGAACGAUAGAGGACCACGAGUUAGUCAUGGACGUUAUAUCAGGAUGGGGCAUGGAUUCAGACAGUCGCCUUUACUUUAGGAAGAAUUACGCAAAAUAUGAAUUCUUCAGGAAACCGCUGGAUUUUUUCCCCGGUCACAUGGUCUCGAUAUCCAGUGAAACGAACGGCCUGGUUGAUCACUCGCAGCUAAUAGAGACAUUUUUAAACUCCAGCACCUGUCCGGAGAUCCACGGAUACCUCCACGCCAAAGAGCAGAGCCGCAAGUCCUGGAAGAAGUUUUAUUUUGUGCUCCGGAGGUCGGGCCUGUACUUCUCUAAUAAAGGCACGUCCAAGGAGCCUCGGCAUCUCCAGUUCAUUGUAGACUUCAGUGACAGUGAUGUUUACACCGUGCUGUCAGCCAAGAAGGUGCAUGGUGCUCCCACGGACUACGGCUUCUGUGUUAAGUCUGCGAAGGCCAGCUGUGUGAGGGAGCUGCGUCUGCUGUGUGCGGACGACGAGGCCACGCGCACAUGCUGGAUCACUGCCAUGAGGCUGCUAAAGUAUGGGAUGCAACUCUACCAGAACUUUCUACAGCCACACCAGAAACAAAAAGCUUCACCUAUGAGGAGCAUCUCAGAGAGCUCGCUGGUGGCCAUGGACUUCUCAGGACAGAAGAGCCGCGUGAUUGAAAACCCGUCUGAGGCUCUGUCUGUGGCUGUGGAGGAGGGACUGUCUUGGAGGAAGAAAACCUGUCACCGUCUCAGUGGUCACGGCAGUCCCUCCUCCUCAGUCUCCAGUCUAGCUCUCCACAUGAGCCAGCCCUGGUUCUACAGUAAACUGUCCAGAGAAGAGGCUCAGAGACUUGUCACACAACAGGGCCUCAUCGACGGAGUAUUCCUUCUACGAGACAGCCAAAGCAACCCAAAGACGUUUGUCCUGUCACUGUGCCACCAGCUCAAAAUCAAACACUUCCAGAUCCUUCCUGUGGACGAAGAGGGCGACCUAUUCUACAGCCUGGAUGACGGCCACACCAAAUUCUCCGACCUGAUCCAGCUGGUGGAGUUUUACCAGCUCAACCGCGGCGUGCUGCCCUGCAAACUCAAACACCACUGUGCCCGUGUGACCCUCUGAACUCUGACCUCUGACCCUUGACACGCCCACCCCCCUCCCCUUACAGAGACCCACCCGCUAACGGCUAACCCUACUGGAGUGCCUUCAGGAUGCACAAGACUCCUCCUACCAACCACUGUAGUUUGUAAAUUGCAAUUUUUUUUAUUUUUUUUUGCAGAGGUGAAAUGCCAGGCCUGUCACUAUAACACAUUUUGAAGUAUAAUAUUUGAAGCAUUAGGAUAAACGAUAAUAUUGAAGGCGCUGUACUUGAUUUUCACUGUCUUAAAAACGUAACGUCAGAACAGUUUCAUUUUAAACAGUUUGCAGUGAUGCAGAGUUAUUCCUCAUUUACCUUAUGCAUUCCGAGCAUUCUGAUUAUUCACCAUGAUGAGUUUCUAAGCACUUUUCACAACUUUCAGAAGCCACGGUAAAGCUAACAACAACUAUGCUAACAGUGCAUUUCUUGAUUCUCGGACAAUAAAGCACUUUAAAAUAACGUAAUGUAGCUUUCAGAGGCCACAGUAAUCUUAACAGCAAUUAGCAUGGUAACAGUGCAUUUCCUGAUUCUCAGACAGUAAAACACUUUAAAAUUUGAUGCGGACAGUGCACUACAGACUUAUUUUAACCUCAAAAAUUACUUAUACAAUAUAUCGGUACUGGGGAAAGACAAAUACAUAGGGACAAAUUUGGUACAGGGUGAUUAGUUUAUAUAGCAAUAAAGCUAACCAUAACUAGCAUGCAAAUGUGUACUUCUUGGCAGUAAAACACUUUAUAAUUAGAUGUUGACAGCACACAGCGGAUAAAAUCUGACCUCAAGAGUUACUUAUACAUCUGUACUGCUCAAAUACAUGGAAAAAAAUCAGGUACAGAGCCUUUAAAGGAUACGUUAAUAUAGUAAUUUCCAUGACAGGCCUGUGAAGCAGACAGCAGCGGGGGCAGUUUUGUCUGUUGGAUGUUAUUCAUUUGGCUGGAAGUGUCCAAGGACGAUGGCGGUUAAUGUGUAGGCUUGAAAACAGCAGCUUUGACACUGAAAAAACAAGACGAGAGUGUUUUUAGUAUGUUGUUGUAUUGGAGGCGGAGGAGAGAUGGAGGAAAACAUUGUCUACUGCAGUUGCCAGUGCAAGCUAAUGAUUUCCAACAAGAAGAGCAAAGCUACGGUGGCCCUGAAGGAAAACGAAAUGGGCAUAAAUAGUAAGUAAAAAUGGCCAAAAAUUUCAAAGUGCAAUAAAAUGGUAUAGAAGGCAAAAAAUUUGAAAUGUCAAAAAGCACAUAUUAUGAAACACAAAAUUACAAAAGAAAAAGAAAAUACAAAAAGGAAUGAAAGAACUUUUUCUAUACAUUUUUGAAAUUCUUAAAAAAAAUUUUUCGCUUUUUCUGGUUUCAUGUGAACUUUUUGCUGUUUCAAGACUCAACUGGGUCCACAUAUAAAGCUAGCAAAAAUGAUAAAUCAGCUACUUGAAUUUGCGUGCUUUUAAUUGCUUUUUUUUGGGGGGGGGGGUUAUUUUUACAAUUGUAUUUUACUUUUUAACUUUUUGGUCACGUUUUUUUCGUAAUUCCUGUGCCUUUAACCAUUGCGUGACUCCUCCUUCAGAGCAACCUUUACACCACUAAUGUUUUUACAGCUGGGAAUUUCAGACAAAAUCUAGCAUUCACGUAAUUCUUUUACUUUACAUGUGAUUUUAUUCAUGUUUGUUGGGUAACAGUUACAACCUCAGGAAUCAUCAAUAUACUGAAUAACAUUUUUUUGUAAUUAUCUUGUUAUAUAUACCGUCAAAAAACAUAAACAUAGGCCCACCGUUACAGCCCCAGUUGUAAAAUCCUACGCGAUUGUCCAUAUCUGAAUACACUGUAUAUUACUAAAUGUAUCAUGUGAACAUUAUCUGUAUAAAAUGUUAUGUUUAAAGCAAUACAGUGACAGAUGCUGUUCAGUAAGUGCAUUCUUCCAUUGAAACAAAUAGCCUUUUGUGAGGUUAUUGUAUCCAAAGAGUGCAUUGAACUAAAAUGUCAUGGACUGCAAUUUUCUAUAAACAAUAUGUGUUUUUAAUGUGUGA